UGGAAUACUCCGCACAAACACAAUGAACGGGGCAGAAGGUUGAGCCGAGCGCGAUGUUGAGUAACAGGAGUGCAGCGGGGUUACACAACCUGCACACAGGUUAACGGUGUCGGGUUUAAAGUCACAAAUAUAUAGAAGAGAGAAUCUUUCCCCGGUGUCGCAGUAGUGUAAUCCCAGAAUCAGCAUGGCCAAGAGGAAAGGGUCUGCAGCCAGGGCUGCAAAAGCGCAUGAUCAUGAUAAAAAGAAGUGUAAAGAAGUCGAGGAGGGGAAAAAGAAAGGACAAAAGGAAGGAGCAAAUAUCGUACAGAAAGCAGAGACCAGAUAUGCAGCGAAAACAGCAAAAAACUUCAAAAAGGAGAAAUGUCCGUCUCAGGGCUCUAGGUCUAAGUGUAAAACUCCAGGCAAACGGACCAGUAAAUAUUUCCACAACUCCUCCGAGGUGAAGGAUGAGCCUGUUGUCACCAGUGAUGAUGGUGAUGAUGAUGGAAAUAACAGCACUGGUGUUGCCCAACCUGAGAGUGCACCUUCGGUGCUGAAGGUGGCGAAGGAAGAGGAAGAAGAAAGUGACGAAGAUGUAGAAUGGGAAGAUGUGGAAGAGCUGACAGAGACAACUGCUGUGCUUCCCUCUCAGCCGGUUGAGAUUGAGAUCGAGGCCCCGGAACAUUCCCUUAAAAGGCAACGCAGGGAGAAGAGGAAAGCAGAGUUUGAGACUUAUCUGCGCCGUAUGGUGAAGCGCUUUAACAAAGAACUGCUGGUGGACAUGCACAAGGUUCACCUCCUCUGCUUGGUAGCCAACGGGAUCUUCCGAAACCGGCUGUGCAGUGACCCUGACCUUUUGGCCAUAGCCCUUUCCCUGUUACCUGCUCGGUUCACAACUACACCUCCAGAAGAUGUAGACACCUCCUUCCUCUGCAGUCUGCUUAAGUGGUUUGGGGCCACCUUCACCAUGAACCCUGAACUCCCUGAAAAGCCACAAGAGAGUGCACGUGAUGUGCUAGAGAAGAGGUUUGGGAGCCACUGUGCCCGUGACCACCAGGAAAUGACACAUCUCUUCCUGAUCAUGCUGCGGUCUAUUCGGCUGUUCUGCCGCCUGGUGCUCUCCUUACAGCCCGUACCCCUGAAGGCUGCCCCUGAUAAAAACAAGACCAAGGCAGCAGGCAAUGCUCCCUCGCAGGGCUCUGCAAAGGCCUGCGUCUCUCCAGGUGAGAAGAGGUCAGCAAGAAGCAGGUCCAGUGGGCCUGAGCGGGGUGGGAAGCGACAGCGGAAGAGGGAGAAGGAGCAGAAAGAGGAGACAGAGGAGGAAAAGGAGGGGGUGGAGACUGCAGCUGUCCUGAAACCCAAAAACAAGCAGCGGCGGAGUGUGGCUUCCAAGGUGUGCUACAAAGAGGAGAGCAGUGAAGGGGAGGAGGUUAGUGAUGGGGAGGAGUUCCGGGCCAGUAGUGCUGAGGAUAGUGAGGAUUCAGAGGCAGAGGUGAACAGGAGGCCAGGCAGGAAGGGGAGGGGCAGAGGCGAGGCCUCCCGAAAUCAAGAUAAUCGGAAGGACGAAAACAGCGAGGAGGAGGUAAUAAAGAGCUUCAAGAGGAAGCGUGGGAAAGGGGAAGACGAGUGGCUGGAGGUGUAUCUGGAGCAGGCAGAGCGCUGGGUGUGUCUUGAUGUCCAGCAGACCGGCGUGGGACAGCCCAUGCUCUGCUCCAGGCAGGCCACCCAGCCCCUGAGUUACGUGCUGGCUGUGGAUGGGGAUGGCUGCCUCAAGGACCUGGGCUGCAAGUACGACCCCACCUGGUUGACAUCGACUAGGAAGCGCCGUGUGGACCAGGAAUGGUGGGAGGAGUCCCUCCAGAGCUUCCGUAGCCCUGCUUCUCCAAGAGAGGAGAAGGAAGAUAAGGAGCUCCAGGCAAAGCUCCUGGACAAGCCGUUGCCGACUUCCAUUGCUGAGUACAAGAACCACCCCCUGUACGCGCUGAAGAGGCACCUGCUGAAGUACGAGGCACUCUACCCCCCCACAGCGGCCAUCCUGGGAUACUGCAGAGGGGAGGCGGUCUAUUCCAGGGACUGUAUUCACACACUGCACUCCAGGGACACUUGGCUGAAGGAGGCGCGGACUGUUCGGCUGGGAGAGGUGCCCUACAAGAUGGUGAAAGGCUUUUCCAAUCGCUCACGGAAGGCUAGGCUGGAGCCGCAGAACCGGGACAUCGAUGAUCUGGCGCUCUUUGGCCACUGGCAGACUGAGGAGUUCCAGCCCCCAGUGGCUGUGGAUGGAAAGGUGCCUCGCAAUGAAUUUGGGAACGUGUACCUGUUUCGGGCAUGCAUGCUUCCCGUGGGUUGUGUCCACAUGCGACUGCCCAACCUGCACAGGGUGGCCCGCAAGUUGGACAUUGACUGUGCUGCAGCGGUAACCGGGUUUGACUUCCAUGGAGGCUUCUCGCACCCUGUCACUGAUGGCUACAUUGUUUGCGAGGAGUAUCAGGAGGUGCUGCAGGCUGCCUGGGAGAAUGAGCAGGAGCUCAUUGAGAAGAAGGAGAGAGAGAAGCGGGAGAAGAGGGUACUGGCCAACUGGGCUCUCCUUGCAAAGGGACUUCUGAUAAAGGAGAGGCUACGGAAGCGCUACGGGGCAAAGGGUGUGGAACAGAUGCCCGGCCAGGAGGGCCUGUCCUCAGGGGAGGAGGAAGAAGGAGAGCGACAAACAGCAGCUGUGGACCUGGCAACCUACUGGCCUCAGAAUCGACAGGAGGACCAGGGGGCAGAAGCUUCAGGCCAGAAACCAAUAACCAAGCGGGAGAAAAAAGGCCAAGAGAAACACCUCUUCCCCUUUGAGAAAGUGUGAAGUGCACAUGUGGAUGUGUACUGGACACUCACAAAAGCACAUGCUUCAAAAUGAUCUCUCUCACACACGGAAAUACAUUCUUGUCUCACUGGCAUUAAACUGUUAUUUCAACAAAAAUAAACACUCUUAUUAAUCACAUAUGGUGAUCUCACAUGAGGCAAAAUAUCAUAAGGACCUGACGUAUGUGCACCCAAACAUACUUGCAGAAAGAAAAUAUAUGGAAAACAUAUUUCUUUCUCAAAACACACAAGACCCUGCUGACUUAAACAAAUAUAGUUUAUAAAAAACUGUUCUUUUUUAUAUGCUGGAGUAAAUAUGUAUGUUUGGCAGACAAGUGAGACUGUAUACCUUGCUUACCUGAGUUACUCAAAGCUUCACUUAGUGUGUCACUACUGUCACCUAUAUUAGGGGAGUGUCUCUGCAUCCCAGGUGUGUUUGAAUGAGGAUAUGGAUUGUUUUUGUAUCAAUAUAAGCUAUUUUUCUAAAAAUAAAUGUUAGUGUAUUUCUUGCUGAAUCUACAAUGUUAAUGCAGCUUAAGUAGAAUCACAAAUCUCAAAGGACGACAAAGUGCCAGCAUCUUCCACUCAGAUUUUACCAGACAAUAAUAAAUGUAGUAAAAGAUCCAUUUUGGUUUUUUUCUGGACUUUGACUUCAACUGUGCAAUCUCUACAGCUUUGUUUUGCUCUAGUAUACAGUAGAUGUUAUUCUUCUGUUCUGAAUGUUCUGUGAGCAAGUGUUCCUAGUCAGUUUCUUUACACAGCUGCAUUUUCAGUGUCUGGCAAUUUUUGACACGCUGUAUUGGAGUUUUCAAACUUGAGGAUCAAAAUAGUACUCACGUUCUUCAGAUAUAUUUUCUAUAACUUUGCAUUGUCUUAAUCGUACCUCUGUAUUUAUCACUAUUUAUGCAAAAUAAUUGGUUAAGCAUACAGUAAUUGAAGUUAAAUUGUAUCUAAUGAGGUGCCCAAACAAACUAAAUCAAGGUAACAAUGUUUUGUUUGUACAAAAUGGA